UCUAAAUCUAGUUAGAACACAAUUUAAUAUGCAAACUGAAGACCUCAUUCUUGAUGAAAUCAUUGGCCAAGGCGUCUUUGGAGUCAUAUAUUCGUACCUUGGCAAGUACGCAGUUAAGGUAGAGAAGCCGAAAGAUCAGAGAGUUGGCAAGUUGAAGGAAGAAGCUGAGUUUUUGGAAAAAUGUGAAGGUGAAGGUAUCCCUAAAGUGUAUAAAGUUGCAUCUCAAGAGGGUAACCAAUCAAUGGUGAUGGAACUUGUAGGUGAAAACCUUAACAAAAAGUUUAAUCAAGCAGGCCAAGUCUUCUCUUAUAACACUGUUGCUCUGAUUGGUCUCCAGAUGAUAGACAGGCUUGAGCAUAUACAUAGUAGAGGUGUUAUUCAUAGAGAUCUCAAACCCUCCAAUAUUUGAAUAGGAUUAGAAGACAAGUCUAAACUGUACCUCAUUGAUUUUGGACUCUCAGUCAACCUCUCCAAAAAUAAGUUUGGAUACCAAAAUAAAAGAAAAGCUCGAGGCUUCGAUGGCAACUUUUUCUUCGGCUCUGCAGAAGCCCAGCUUGAUAAUAUUAUUUCUAAGAAAAGUGACUAUGAAAGCUUAACUUACAUUAUGCUGUUAUUUUUAAAACAGUCCCUUCCAUGGGACGAGCUCUGAAAAGAAGGAAGAAAAUAAUAAUGAACUGAUUGCUAAGAUGAAAAAUGACGAUGUCAUAGAGAAACUCUGAGAUGGUCUCCCAGAUGAAUUCAGAGAGUUCGUAUUCUACAUCCGAAAUCUUGAGCCAGACUACUCCCCAAAUUGCAAGCACUUAAAGACACUACUACUAAAAUCAAUGGGCUUAGAUUCAUUAAAACCUUGGUUACCUAAAUUCGAAUGGGAUGAAGAAUCGAAACGAUUAAGUGCAAGAAAAAGUACAAAAAGAUCUGUUAGAACUAAAGGUACGGCAAAGGCCUUAAGUAUGAAGAAACUUUCGUAUAAAACAUGUACAUCCACGACUACUAAGAAGUCUAGCUUCAACAAGAGGGAGGCUAAGUUGUCAUGUAAAGUUCAUGAGGAAAAUUUGAUUCCUGAAGGGCUAUUUGAAUGCUUAUAAUUUAACUUCGAACGUCUAAUCUGAUUCUUGGAAUAACACCUUUA